CGUCUUCCUUCAUUAAUAAAGUCAGUCUCUCAAUAGUUCCUCAAUUUCUCUAGACGCUUCUACUCUCUGCAUAUGAGUUUUGAUACUAUGACCAAAUUACAGCACUCAUCGCCCAGCGAAGUUCCAAAAAGCAGACCCAAGAAGGGUGGCGUGGAUGGAAGGCCCAGUGCCUUGAUGCUAGACAUCGGCGGUGUUUUCUGCAACUUCUCUGCUGUCCCAGACGCUCCGAUUCCACCAAAGAUAUUCAAACGCAUUCUUGAAUCAUCCGAAUGGCAUAGCUUGGAGUCAGGUAAGGCGAAAGUAUCAGAUGUAUAUCAUGCCUUAACGAAGAGGUUCACACUUGAGGAGGGUGCCCUACAUGAAACCAUCCAGCUGGCAUCGUCGACCUUGACCCUCAACGAAGGCCUCGUUGUAGCUGUCAGAAAUCUCAAAAAGAAGUCGGGCAGCCAACUACGCGUGAUUGCUGCAACCAACAUGUCUAGCGAAAGCUAUGACAUGGUUCGCUCCAAGAUUGGAGGCUGGGACAUCUUCGAUAAUGUUUACACGUCAGCUAGCCUGGGUGUACGAAAGCCGGAGCAAGCAUUCUUCGAUCGAGUUCUCAAAGCUGCGGGGCUAGAUGCACACUCGACUGUGUUUGUUGACGAUCGCCCGGAGAACGUCAUCUGUGCCCAGUGUCGCGGGAUGCGAGGAGUACUGUUUGACAACGCGGAUGUGGUGAUCCAACAGCUGAACAAUCUCUUUGGUGACCCCGUCGAGCGUGGAAUUUCAUGGCUCCGAGCUCACGCAAAGAACAUGUGGUGUAUGUCCAACACUGGCAUCGAGAUUAGGGAGCAAUUCCAACAGCUUCUUCUGCUGCAUUGGACGAACGACUGGGGACUUGUCGAUAUCGCCCAGCUGAACCCCCCUUCCGGUCACUGGAAUGUCUUUUCUUACGGGCCUCCAGUGCUGACAACGGAAGUCUACCCCGAGGACCUCGAUACUACCUCUAUGGCCCUUCUCACCCUUGAUAUUGAUUUCGAUGUCAAACAGAAAACUAUGGAUGAUAUCCUCAAGUAUCUGAGUCCAGAUGGAUUAGCAUAUUGUUACUUCGACCCAGGUAGACCGCGGCUCGACCCUUUCAUCUCAGCCAAUGUGCUCCGGGUUUUCUACGCCAGCGGAAGAGGUCAUCAACUCCAGCCCGCUCUCAACUUCAUGGAAGAUAUGCUGCGCACAAGCGCAUUUGAGCAUGGAACUCGCUACUACCACUUGCCGGACUUCCUACUGUACUACCUCAGUGAACUGUGCUCCAGAAACAUUGAUGCCAAAGAACUUGACAGCUUGCGCGGUCUACUCUGUCGGCGUCUGAACGAGCGCAUGGGCUCUACAAACGAUGCAUCAAGUGUUGGCCUCCGUCUGCUAGCUUCAAACAACAUGCGCCUGGCCAACGGUUCGGAUAGAAGGCUCUUACUGGAUUUACAGCGGAGUGAUGGCAGCUGGAUGGGAUACUUGUACCGCUAUGGGUCCUCUGGGAUCCUCAUUGGAAGCGAAGGGGCUAUUACUGCUUUGGCAGUGAAAGCCUUGCAGGGCGCCUAUCAUUGAAGCUAUGCUGUGAUGAAAGAGGGCAUAAAUCAGGGCGAAAACAUCCUGGCAGCAUACACCUACUUUACAACUCAAAAUGAGAUGUGACUUUCCACAUUUCCAUUGAAUAAAUGCUAGCGUGCCUAUCUACGCCUAACCACGGGCGACUUCGGUACUGGAAAGGGCGGUAUACGGUACGACUAAUCUGUGUCUUCUCUGAGUCUCAGGACCAGAGAUAGAAAAGCUCUGAGUACUUCAGUGGUCUCAAACGAAAGAUCAACGCAUAAAUAUGUUACAAUCGUCGUGUAAUGGGAAAAAUACGCUUGCUAACAAGCU